AAUAGUACAAUCAGUUUGGCGGGAAUAUCUAACCGCAAUAUGGCUACUACUACACCAAGCCGGUCGACGGCCUCGUCUAUGCAGUCUCCUGCCCGGGGAACAUCUACCCCUCUUUCACCAACUCGCAUAUCUAGGCUUCAGGAGAAGGAGGAGUUGAGGCAUCUCAAUGACCGACUGGCCGUCUAUAUAGACCGCGUGCGUGCGCUGGAGCUGGAAAAUGACCGGCUGAUGGUGAAGAUUUCCGAAAAAGAGGAAGUUACCACACGGGAGGUUAGUGGCAUCAAGAACUUGUAUGAAUCAGAGCUUGCUGAUGCUCGGAAAGUUUUGGAUGAAACAGCCAGAGAAAGAGCCCGGUUGCAAAUAGAGCUGGGAAAAUUUCGAUCAGAUCUUGACGAGCUAACAAAAAACUACAAAAAAAAAGAUGCUGACCUGUCUACGGCACAGGGGCGUAUUAAAGACUUGGAAGCUCUCUUUCACCGAAGUGAAGCAGAACUUGGAACUGCACUCGGUGAGAAGCGAAGUCUUGAGGCAGAGGUAGCAGAUCUUCGUGCCCAGCUUUCCAAGACUGAAGAUGCCCAUGCUGUUGCUAAAAAACAGCUGGAAAAGGAGACCUUGAUGAGAGUUGACUUUGAAAAUCGCAUGCAGAGUUUGCAGGAGGAGAUGGACUUCAGAAAGAAUAUUUACGAGGAGGAGUCCCGUGAAACAAGGAAGCGUCAUGAACGCCGUAUAGUAGAAGUGGACAGGGGCCAUCAUUAUGACUAUGAAUCUAAAUUGGCACAAGCAUUGGAUGAACUCCGAAAACAACAUGAUGAGCAAGUGAAGAUGUACAAGGAAGAACUAGAACAAACCUAUCAAGCUAAGCUUGACAACAUCAAACGUUCUUCUGACCACAAUGAUAAAGCUGCCAACACUGCCCUAGAAGAAUUAACUGAGGCACGCAUGAGAAUUGAAACACUUGGUUACCAACUGUCAGGCCUGCAGAAACAGGCAAAUGCUGCAGAGGAACGUAUACGUGAGUUAGAAGAGUUGCUAAGCAGUGACCGUGACAAGUAUCGUAAACUUUUGGACUCCAAAGAAAGAGAGAUGGCUGAAAUGAGGGACCAGAUGCAGCAGCAACUAAAUGAGUAUCAAGAAUUGCUUGAUGUCAAACUUGCACUUGAUUUGGAGAUAAAUGCUUACCGCAAGCUGCUGGAAGGAGAAGAGGAAAGGUUAAAGCUUUCCCCAAGCCCAGAAUCACGAGUCACUGUCUCCAGGGCUACUUCCAGUAGCUCUUCUGCUACCCGUACCUCUAGGAGCAAAAGAAGGCGUGUUGAAGAGGAAUAUGAGGAAGGUGGGGCAAGUACAGGCUUGCGUGCUGGCACUUCCCUCGGUUCAAGCCGCAUCACUGCUAGUGAGGGUUCUAGCCGCACUAUUACUAGUGGCCAGAGCAGUACUACUCGAUUUCACUUGUCCCAGCAGGCUUCGGCCACAGGAAGUAUCAGUAUUGAGGAGAUUGAUUUGGAAGGAAAAUAUGUCCACCUGAAAAAUAACUCUGAUAAGGACCAGUCCCUUGGUAACUGGAGGCUGAAGAGAAAAAUUGGAGAGGAGGAGGAAAUAGUUUACAAAUUCACGCCUAAAUAUGUACUUAAAGCAGGGCAGUCUGUUAAGAUAUACAGUGCUGAUGCUGGGGUGGCUCACAGCCCCCCUUCCAUUUUAGUGUGGAAGAACCAGAGUUCCUGGGGUACAGGCAGCAACAUUAGAACAUACUUGGUUAACACUGAAGAGGAGGAAGUAGCUGUGAGAACAGUUACAAAAUCUGUCUUAAGAAAUGUAGAGGAGGAAGAGGACGAAGACGCAGACUUUGGUGAGGAAGAUCUCUUUCACCAGCAGGGUGAUCCAAGAACAACAUCCAGAGGCUGCUCUGUCAUGUAAACAACAUUCAUAACAUCCUCCUUUUUUUUUUUUUACUUACUCCCAGAGCCACUGAUAUCUAUUUUUAUAUGCAAGUUCAGGUUAUGUCUUCUGUAUUUUAUGCCUUUCAUUUGUUAAGCGUGAGCUUAAAGGAAGUGAAGAGUUACCUAAUGCCAUAAAUAACUUGCAAGGCUUUUGUUUUUUUCAGUUUUCCACUUGUAGUGGUUGCAAAACGUACUGCUAUGUUUUUAAGUAUUUGUGUUCUAAUAUGGCACAAUUUUACCUAUUCAUAGAAGACAAUGGUUUUAAUGAUUACCAAACAUGUGCUGCAUGAAUCAUGUUGAGCAUAAAAUAUGAGGUGGCUGUUUGUAACACUAAUAUUUUGAUUUGACUUUUGUCCAGAAUUGGAUAAAAAUUGUCUGGUUAGAAGUCCAUACUAAAGAUGAUAUACAGAUGUAACUCGUAGGAAUUAAACCAUGUUAAUUGUUUAGGAAGUUUUAGAAUACAAUUGCUAUUGCAGAAUGUGAUCACUAUUUCAGUAGUACUGAAGUCUCUUUCACACCUCAAAUUAGCAACUAUCUAGAUCUUAAAGUUAUCCUUCUGCUUCUGGUGUAGUCUUCUAUAUGUGCGCAGCUGCAAAAUUCCUAAGACUGACUAGAUUUUACACUUUUUUUGUUAAUAGAAACAAAGGUUGAUUUAGCCUGUCCUUGAUUUAUGUUUAGGCACAUGUUGCCUAUAGGUGUCCCAACAACUAUUGUCAUUGCUCAGGCAGUUCCCACUAUGUGCAUAAUUACCUCAUAUAGCAUUGAACGUUGUCAGGAGCCCACUUUAGAAAUAUGUAGAUUUUAUUUGUUUCUUAGACUUAGCCACUACAUAAUAAUUGUUGGUACAUUUAUUGAGCAGGCAGUAUUUCCAAUUAUGAAUGGGUUGCUACUUUAAUUGCAAGGAAGCUGCAAGCAUUGAGAGGAAAUAGAAAAUAUAGCCUUUAAUAUGACUAUGAAGAUUUUCAUUCAUCCAGGUCAUAGUAUAUCUAGUAUAGGUCAAUCUAAAAACAACUGGACUUGCUGAGUAAUCAAUGAAGACGUUUCACUACUCAUCCGAGCAGUUUCUUCAGUUGAUUUUAAGUAGGGGUAUAUUUCCCCUGUAGUCCACUGCCAUUCUUUUUUUUUUUUCAACUAGAACAAUAACAAUUUAUAUUUUUUUUCCUAGUUGCAAUUGAAACCAAUACUUUUAUAUAGCAGACUAAUGGUUUCAAGUACAUUUUCAUUUUUUUUUUGUUUUUUUUUUAUUUCAAAUAUGUGGGUAAUGUAUUUUUUAAUAACAGCUCACAUCUGCACAUGAAAGAACAGAGGGAUGAAGGGAAG